AUGUUUUGGAAUCUCUGUUAUAUUAUUCUUAGGUUUGAUUCGUUAUUCUAUUACCAAUCCCCCCUCUGCUUCUCCCUCGCCCGUUCUGUGAACAAAUUUUCUUCAUUCUCCCCUUCCUCACGAAGUUGUCGAAGCUAUCUAGCUAGUGAUCUCGCUCGUUUUCAUUGCCGUAGAGCUAAACUCUUUACCUGCUUUCUUUCUUUGUUAUCUAAAUUCGUUCUUUUUCUCACCAUCUCCAAAAUUAUAUCCUUCAUUCUCAUCUGCCAUCAUUCAUUCUUCUUUCUUUGCCUUAAUCCAUGUUUAUUCUUUCUUUCUUUCUUUCUUUCUUUCUUUCAUUCUUUCUUUCUUUCUUUCUUCUCCAUUAUUUACCUUUAUUCUUUCUUUCUUUUUCCAUUAUUUAUUAUAAUUUCUUUUUCUUUCUUUAACCAUAUUUCUUUCUUUCUUUCUUUUCUUUCUUUCUUUUAUAUUCCAAUAUUUACAUUUACUUUUUUCUUUCUUUGUCCAUCAUUUAAUUUCUUUCUUUCUUUCUUUCUUUCUUUGUUUCUUUCUCCAUUAUUCACGUUCAUACUCUCUUUCUUUUUCCAUUAUCAUAUAAUUUCUUUUUCUUUAACAUAUUUCUUUCUUUCUUUCUUUCUUUCUUUCUUUCUUUAUUUAUUUAUUUAUUUAUUUACUUAUUUAUUUCCUCCCCGCAUUCAGAUAUUCCAAUAUACAUUUUUUUCUUUUUUGUCCAUUUUAAUUUCUUUGUCCAUCAUUUUCAUUUCUUUCCAUUUCUUUUUUCUUUCUUUCUUUAUAUUCCAAUAUACAUUUCUUUCUUUCUUUGUCCAUCAUUUAAUUUCUUUCUUUCUUUCUUUUUUCUUUCUUUGUUUUCUUUUUCUCCAUUAUUCACAUAUUCCAAUAUACAUUUCUUUCUUUCUUUGUCCAUCAUUUAAUUUCUUUCUUUCUUUCUUUCUUUCUUUGUUUCUUUCUCCAUUAUUCACGUUCAUACUCUCUUUCUUUUUCCAUUAUCAUAUAAUUUCUUUUUCUUUAACAUAUUUCUUUCUUUCUUUCUUUCUUUCUUUCUUUCUUUAUUUAUUUAUUUAUUUAUUUACUUAUUUAUUUCCUCCCCGCAUUCAGAUAUUCCAAUAUACAUUUCUUUCUUUCUUUGUCCAUCAUUUAAUUUCUUUCUUUCUUUCUUUCUUUCUUUGUUUCUUUCUCCAUUAUUCACUACUUGUUAUCCACAUUCAUUCUUUCUUUCUUUUUUCUUUAUCAUGUAAUUUCUUGUUUGUUUAUUUGUUCUUCCUUUCUUUCUUUCUUUUCCGCAUUCAUUUUUUCUCAUUUCUCCAAUAUAUACACAUCUUUCUUUCUCUUGUUUUUCUUUUUUGUCUGAUCCCCCUUCCUUUCUUUAUAUUUUCUUCAUCUGUAUACGUUUUUAUCUUUGUUCCCCUUCGAGAGUCUUGUAUAAACGCCGUUAUUUGUUUCUUUCUUAUAUUUGCUUCAUUAUUUAUUAACUUUUCUUUCUUUUUUUUUUUCUUUCUUUCAUUUUUAAUUCUUCCUUCGACCCAUCCCGUCUCUCUCAUUCUUUUCUUCCUUUUUGUCUGUUCCUUUUUUUCCCCUCUUCUCUCUUCAUAA